ACUCCUCCAGCCAAGAGAUGUCUGUGACCCAGGGACGUAUAAAAGAGAGAGGGGAGGAGAGGUCCAGGAAAGCCGUUAAACCGAGACCUCCGUUCCCACUCACCCGGAGCCAUGAAGACCCCAUUAGUGGCUCUGAUUUGGAUUCAGCUCGCGGCAGGCCUACAGAGGAUCCCCUUGGUCAAAUUUAAAAGCAUCAGGAGUCACCUUCGGGAAAAUGGCGCCCUAGAGGAAUUCCUGAGGGAUCACCAACCCGACAUCUUCGCUCGGAGGUACCUGCAGUGCUUCCCCUCGGAUGCUUAUUUCUCGGUUGGAGUCACUAAAGAACGCUUGUACGAUUACAUGAACGCCCAGUACUACGGGGCGGUGAGCAUCGGCACCCCGCCGCAGAGAUUCACCGUGGUGUUCGACACCGGCUCCUCCAACUUCUGGGUCCCUUCGGCCUACUGCAUCAGUGAAGCCUGUAGAAUGCACCAGAAAUUCAAAUCUUUCCUCUCGAGGUCCUACCGGCACGACGGGCAGGCCUUCUCUCUGCAUUACGGCACGGGGCAACUUCUGGGCGUCGUGGGCAUCGAGCGGGUGCAGCUCGGCAACAUUACCAUCGAGGGGCAAGAAUUUGGUGAGUCCAUCUUCGAGCCUGGGAUGACCUUUGCCCUUGCCCACUUUGACGGAGUGCUGGGUUUGGGCUACCCCUCGCUGUCUGUGGGAAGCGCCACCCCGGUGUUCGACAGGAUUAUGCAGCAGCGAUUGGUCUCCAAACCGGUGUUUUCUUUCCUCCUCAACAGCGGCAGAGACGGAAGCGGUGGCGAGUUGGUGCUGGGAGGCAUUGACCAUUCUCUGUACAUGGGCUCCAUCCACUGGGUGCCGCUUACCGAAAAAAGCUACUGGCAGAUCCGGCUUCACAACGUGAAAAUCCAGGGGCGUGUGGCCUUCUGUGCACAUGGGUGCGAAGCCAUCGUGGACUCAGGCACCUCCCUCAUCACCGGCCCCCCGGCCCAGAUCCGACGCCUGCAGGAGCACAUUGGGGCUACCCCCUCGCCUUCUGGAGAGUACGCCGUCGACUGCAGAAGAGUAUCGAGCAUGCCCCACGUGACCUUCACCAUCGGACACAGAGAGUACACGUUAUCGGCAGAAAAGUACAUCAUCAAGGAGGCCACGAAAGAAGAAACGGUGUGCAUUAGCGGCUUUCAAGCUGUGGAUAUCAUCACUCCCUCCGGACAACUUUGGAUCUUAGGGGACGUGUUUAUGGCCGAGUUCUACUGCGUGUUCGACCGUGGGAACGACAGGGUGGGGUUCGCCAGAGCUGUGCACAGGAGGGAGAAUCAUUCCUCUGAUGGGGCUGGCUCACACCUCGGGGUGGAGAAAGGGAGCCGCAAAACUCACCUCUGACCCCAUCAAUCGAUCGAUCCAUCCA